UCACAUGUCACUAUGUCAGGAGGAGAUAUUGUUUUGGUUUUACUGUUUACAACAUUUCUCACGUUAGGUUAUAUCUAACUCCAUGAAAAUAUUAUAACUAACAAUUGCUUGAAAACAAAUUAUCCACCAUGAGAUUAGUUAAUAUUGAGAAGCUCGGCGAGCUUCAAAACAAACCUUCAAACAUCAGGAACAUCUGCAUCAUGGCACAUGUUGACCAUGGAAAAACAACAUUGGCUGAUUCCCUGGUGGCAAGCAACGGUAUUAUUUCCCAGAGAAUGGCUGGAAAAUUGAGGUAUCUGGACAGCCGAAAAGACGAACAAGAACGAGGUAUCACCAUGAAAAGCAGCUCAAUAGCACUGUAUUAUAAAAGUGAGACAAAGAACGAAGAGUACUUGGUCAAUCUGAUAGACUCGCCUGGUCAUGUAGACUUCUCCUCGGAAGUUUCCACUGCUGUCAGACUCUGUGACGGAGCCAUCAUUGUAGUAGAUGUCGUCGAAGGCGUUUGCCCCCAGACACAGGUUGCCCUGAAGCAAGCUUGGCUUGAAAACAUUCAACCUGUGUUAGUGCUGAACAAACUAGACAGACUUAUCUUAGAGGUCAAACUAUCUCCUUUAGACGCUUACGUUCACCUUACACAGGUUCUUGAACAGGUGAAUGCAGUGACAGCCUCUCUGUUCACUACUGAGGUUAUGAAUCGCUCAGAAUCAGUUCCCAGUUCAGGAGACCAACUCCAGGAUUGGUCAGAUGGGCUGGAGACUGCAGACGACUCUCAGUUGUACUUCUGUCCUGAUCAGGGCAAUGUGGUGUUUGCCAGUGCGGCGGACGGUUGGGGAUUUUGCGUACGAGACUUUGCGGCUGUGUACGCUGCUAAGCUGGGUGUCAAACAGGCUGUGUUGGAGCGUACUCUAUGGGGAGACUUCUACCUCAACACCAAGACCAAGAGAAUAGCCAAGGGAGCACAAGAGAAGGCCAAGAAACCUCUGUUUGUCCAGCUGGUACUAGAGAACAUCUGGGCUGUGUAUGAGAACAUUGUUGUGCGCAAGGACAAAGACAAGUUGGUUAAGAUGGCUGAAAGUUUGAAUGUGAAAAUGACAGCAAGAGACUUGAGGCACACAGACUCUAAAGUUCAACUACAGGCCUUCUGUAGUCAAUGGCUGCCCCUGGCGCAUGCAGUAUUGGAAAUGGUGAGUUCCAAGUUGCCUUCUCCUUGUGAGAUAACACAUGAGAAGGUGGAGAGGUUGAUGUGUGGUCAAGGCCAAUCCCUGGAGAGUCUUCCCCCCGAGUCACAAGCCCUCAAGCAGGCCUUCCUGCAAUGUAGUAGCAAGCCUGACGCCCCUGUCAUUGUGUUCAUCUCUAAAAUGUUCCCGCUGGAGAGAAAGCUGUUACCACAGAAUCGACCCAAGCCACUUACACCUGAGGAGAUAGCCAAGAGGAGAGAACAAGCCAGACUGCGAUUGGCCAACCAGAACUCGACACCUGGAGAUGGUCAGCCGCUGCCUGAUGUUCCGCCAGAUGGAGGGGGAGGGAUAGAAGGAGACCAGGACACACUACCCCCACCCCCUGCGGAAGAAGAUGAUGUAUUUAUUGCGUUUGCCCGAGUGUUCAGUGGCUGUCUGAGAAGAGAAAGUACUGUGUAUGUACUGGGCCCUAAACAUGACCCCGCUGUGGCUCUUCAAAAGCAAAGACAAGGAGAGGAGAUUGUUGCUGGGGUGACACUGAAGGAUCUCAAGUCAGGUCAGCAUGUGACCAGAGUGACCUUGAGUGACCUUUACCUCAUGAUGGGUCGAGAGUUGGAGACAUUGGAGUGUGUGCCAGCUGGAAAUGUGCUUGGUAUCGGAGGUUUGGAGGACCAUGUGUUGAAGACUGCCACACUGUCGUCGAAUCUCGCAUGUCCAGCCUUCAGAGAGCUGCAACUAAUGGCUGUGCCUAUACUGCGAGUAGCUGUGGAGACCAAACGACCGUCAGAUCUGCCAGCACUCGUACGUGGUCUGCGUCUGCUCAAUCAGGCCGAUGCUUGCGUUCAGGUUAUAGUUCAGGAGACAGGGGAACAUGUAAUAGUCACUGCAGGAGAAGUUCACCUGGAGAGAUGUAUAGAGGAUUUACAACAAAGAUAUGCCAAGGUGGCAAUCAAUGUUUCUGAACCAAUUGUCCCCUUCCGAGAGACGGUUGUUCCCCCUCCAACUGUAGAUAUGGUAAAUGAAGCCAUUCAAGACCAACAAGUCGUAGGAAAAAAGGAAUCGACAGAUGAAUCGGUAGGCGAAGGUGGACUAGUGACAAUAGUGACCCCCAACAAACAGUCUGUAGUGAGACUGAGGGCAGCUCCUCUACCCCAGGACAUCACAGAUCUGCUAGAGAACAACCUGGAGCUGCUGAGGACACUGGACAGGGUAGGUGAAGGAGGACUGUACACUCCCAACAAACAGUCUGUAGUGAGACUGAGGGCAGCUCCUCUACCCCAGGACAUCACAGAUCUGCUAGAGAACAAUCUGGAGCUGCUCAGGACACUGGACAGGGUAGGUGAAGGAGGGCUGUACACUCCCAACAAACAGUCUGUAGUGAGACUGAGGGCAGCUCCUCUACCUCAGGACAUCACAGAUCUGCUAGAGAACAAUCUGGAGCUGCUCAGGACACUGGACAGGGUAGGUGAAGGAGGGCUGUACACUCCCAACAAACAGUCUGUAGUGAGACUGAGGGCAGCACCUCUACCUCAGGACAUCACAGAUCUGCUAGAGAACAAUCUGGAGCUGCUCAGGACACUGGACAGGGUAGGUGAAGGAGGACUGUACACUCCCAACAAACAGUCUGUAGUGAGACUGAGGGCAGCUCCUCUACCUCAGGACAUCACAGAUCUGCUAGAGAACAAUCUGGAGCUGCUCAGGACACUGGGCAGGGUAGGUGAAGGAGGGCUGUACACUCCCAACAAACAGUCUGUAGUGAGACUGAGGGCAGCUCCUCUACCUCAGGACAUCACAGAUCUGCUAGAGAACAAUCUGGAGCUGCUCAGGACACUGGACAGGGUAGGUGAAGGAGGGCUGUACACUCCCAACAAACAGUCUGUAGUGAGACUGAGGGCAGCACCUCUACCUCAGUACAUCACAGAUCUGCUAGAGAACAAUCUGGAGCUGCUCAGGACACUGGACAGGGUAGAUGAGGGAGGGCUGUACACUCCCAACAAACAGUCUGUAGUGAGACUGAGGGCAGCUCCUCUACCUCAGGACAUCACAGAUCUGCUAGAGAACAACCUGGAGCUGCUGAGGACACUGGACAGAGCACAUAAUGUACGUGCAGAGAUGGCUGAAGGAAUCAACAAACUCUCUUUGGAUUCUUCAACAGCACUAGACGAAAAGACUAAAAAGGCUGUGGAGGCAUUCAAGAAUAAUAUUGCAGAAAUGUUUGAAAAGCACGGUGGUGAAUGGAGUAAAAAAACUGUAGAAGAGAUUUGGAGUUUUGGACCAAGAAGGUGCGGCCCUAAUAUACUCAUCAACAGGAUACCUGAGCACAGUGGCCGGAAUGUAUGGAGUGGGGAGAGUAAGCAAGGUUGCCAACCCUCACUGCUUGAGUAUGAUAGCAGUUUUGUCAAUGGUUUCCAGUUGGCAACACUGGCCGGUCCAAUGUGUGAAGAGCCGAUGAUGGGGGUGGCUUUUGUAGUGGAGGACUGGACAAUAGACUCAAGUGCAGAGUCGAACACAAGUGGAGUGUUUGGGCCUCUGUCUGGACAGAUAGUGUCGGUUGUCAAGGAUGGUUGUAGGAAGGCAUUUCAAGCUCAACCUCAGCGACUCAUGGCUGCCAUGUACAGCUGUCAUAUACAGGCCAAUGCAGAAAUUCUAGGUAAGAUGUAUGCGGUUCUGGGCCGUCGUCAUGGCAGAAUCCUCCACGGGGACAUGACCCAGGGCUCCGCCUCGUUCACGGUGGAAGCGGUGUUGCCUGUGGUGGAGAGUUUCUUGUUCGCUCCGGAGAUGAGGAAACAAACUUCAGGACUGGCGAGUCCACAGCUAGUCUUUAGCCACUGGGAGGUUAUCGACGUAGACCCUUACUGGGAACCGAGGACCGAGGAAGAGUAUCUCCACUACGGGGAGAAAGCCGACACGGAAAACCGCGCACGUAAGUACAUGGAUCAGGUGCGAAGAAGGAAGGGGCUCCCAGUCCAACAGAAGAUUGUACAGUUCGCCGAGAAACAACGGACCCUCGGAAAAAAUAAAUAACUAUUUUGUAUGACAAUUGAAAUAAA